GACGGGGGCUGCAGGAGGCAGGUGGGCCCCGGGGUGAGGCGGCGGCUGGCGGUGGAGGGGGAGUAAGAGCCGCCGACCUAUUGCUGGUGUGUGAGGCGGGGGAGCGGGGCCAAGCUGCUCCUGCACGGCGCCCGUGGGACUCUGCGAUCGGCUCCGAGGGCUGGCAAGGGAAGGGCAGCGUGCCUGCGGGACGGAACAUGCCCCCCUCCCGCCCUCUGAGGGCGGCUCCUUGGCGUGACAGCCCACUUUGCCCCGCGCCUGGCCCACCUGAUUUCGGAAACUAGCAGCUGUUAAGCAGUAGGAAGAUUUGUUACCUCUGGAGACGUUAGUGCUCACCUAGGCUGGCAGAGAAGCACCAUCCAUCCCUUCAGAGAGCAAGGAGCACACACACCUUUGAAAAUAAGGGAUAAAAGAAUGGUUCAUCUAGUCCAGUAUCCUGUCUUCUGACAGUGGCUGGUGCCAGAUGCAUCAGAGGGAAGAAACCAAACAAGGCAAUUACCGAGUGAUCCAUCCCCUGUUGGCCAGUCCCAGCUUCUGGCAAGUGAUAAGAUGGUUCUGUGUACUUUACCAAGUGAAGUGACUCAAAAUGCCCCUCAAUGAUGACCAGAACAGUGAUUUUGAUUCUUCAAGGCUAUCUGAAAGCACAGCUUCUUCCAGUGACUCUGAAUAUUCAAGGCAGAGUUUUACUAGUGACUCUUCAAGCAAACCCAGCUCCCCAGCUUCAACAAGCCCUCCAAAAACUGUUACAUUUGAUGAAUUGAUGGCUGCUGCAAGAAACUUGUCAAAUUUGACUCUAGCUCAUGAAAUUGCUGUAAAUGAAAACUUUCACAUGGAACAUGUAGACCUCCCACAGAACAGCAGUUUGGAGGGUAGAGUGAAACAAAUUGUACAUAAGGCAUUCUGGGAUCAUUUGGAGUCAGAACUGAAUGAAGAUCCUCCAGAAUAUCAUCAUGCUAUCAAGCUCUUUGAAGAAAUUAAGGAGACUCUUCUUUCCUUUUUAACUCCUGGAGCGAACAGGAUUCGAAACCAAAUCUGUGAAGUCCUGGAUGCAGAUCUUAUAAGACAGCAGGCUGAGCAUGAUGCUGUUGACAUUCUUGGGCUAGCUAACUAUGUCAUCAACACUAUGGGGAAAUUAUGUGCUCCAAUAAGAGAUGAUGAUAUAAAACAGUUAAAAGCAACUGUCAAUAUUGUAGAAUUGUUCAGACAAAUAUUCCAUGUUCUGGACCUUAUGAAAAUGGAUAUGGUUAAUUAUACCAUUCAAAACAUUAGACCACAGCUUCAGCGUAACUUGGUGGACUAUGAAAGAACAAAAUUCCAAGAAAUUCUUGAAGAAACACCAAGUGCUCUGGAUCUAACAACAGAGUGGAUAAAGGAAUCAAUAAAAGAUGAAUUGUCUGUUUCUUGUGAAACCUCUUCAUCCCCUGGUGCUGAUGGUAGCUCUAAACCAAAUCUCAGUCCUACUCUGGUGCUAAACAAUGGCUACUUGAAACUGUUACAAUGGGAUUAUCAGAAAAAAGCAAUUCCAGAGACGUUAAUAACAGAUGAAGUUCGUCUUCAGAAGUUGAAAGAGAAGCUGAAUGAAUUACAGAUUAUAGCCUGUGUAUCUCUUAUAACUAGCAAUAUGGUAGGCACAGCUAUUGUGGGCUUACCUGAUUUUGCUGACAAAUUAAAAAGGAUUUCAGCUGUUCUGCUGGAAGGGAUGAACAAGGAAAAAUUUGAUUUGAAGGAGGCUCUGAAUACUAUAGGUGUUCAGAUUUGCAGUGAGGUGAACAGGUCCCUGUCUGAGAGAGGAUUUCCCACUCUCAAUAUGGAAAUUCAAAACAGCCUAGUAGGUCAGAUCUGUAGCAUUGUUGAAGAAGAAAAUCCCAUCAGCUCCCUGAUUGAUAAACGAAUCCAGUUAUAUAUGAAAAGCCUUCUUACUCUUCCAAGCAUUCAGAAAUGUAUGCCUGUGAUUCCAGGAGGCCUUGCUGUGAUUCAGGUAGAGAUAGAGUCUAUUGGAUCUCAGUACGCAAGCAUUGUGAAUUUUAAUAAACAAGUGUAUGGACCAUUCUAUGCAAAUAUUCUUCGAAAACUGCUUUUUAGUGAGGCACCAAUGGGGAAAACAGAAACUGGUGAUUCUACUAAUUGAGGAAAAAGAAUGAUCUGGUUGUGCAUCCAGCCCUUUUCCUUCACAGUAUUUAUUAUAAAGAUAUUGUGAACUCUGUUCCCUCAAUGUGCAUAAUUUACUCCAAUGACUGUUACCGAGACAGGGACAGACAGAGGUGUAUCCAGAGGCGAAUAGACCCUAUAAAGUGUGUACAGGUAAAGCUUCCAAAAUUCAUUGGAAGGAAACUAAUUAAUAUAUAUUUUUUCAUGAACUAAAUCUGUUUAAUGGAUUUUAACACUCAUUGUACCUGAUCACUGUAAGUGUCUUCUUCCUAAGCAAGCAUUUUUGACUCAGUGUAUAUUUGGAAAAGUACCUCUUGGUUUUACCACCAUUACAAUGUAAUCAAUGGAACUCUUUGCACUCUUCUUAAAAAAAAUUACUAAAUACAUUAUGUAUACUGGUGCAGUGACAUAAGAUGAAAUUUUAGUUCAUAUGUACUUAACUUACAGUGCUUUAUUGGUGACACUACAUAACUGAAUAUGGAUCACUUCUUGAAAGACUUAGAGAGGAAAAUAUAGUGUAAUUGAACUUGUAACAAAGUAAAGAAUGAAAUUAGGCCAAAUUCUGAUCCCAAUAACUAUAUCAGGAUUUGACCUAUCUUUCACUAGCGCAUGCCAACAUUACUAUAAAUGGUGUUAAGUGAACCAGUUACAGAGUGAAUAUGUCUUGCAAAAUAGAAACAUUUCAGAAUUUUGUCAAAUGUAAUCCAGCAAUAAAAGAUAAGUCUAACAAUUCUUUUAUUCAUGGAAAACUAACUUGGGUGCUGACUUCAAUUUCCUUACACAAACGGUUCUAAAAGUUCUCUAAUAGAGGUCAUAUUGUCCUUUAAUUUAAACAUUUGGAGGCCUAAUCUGCUUUUUAUACAUGUAGCGGUUUCGCCUUUGAUCUUCAGAGGUGCUUAGGCACCUCUGAAUUGGGACUUUUAAGCCUUUGAUCUUGAAAGCAUUUAAGCACAAGAGUAGCCUUAUUGACUUCAAGGGAACAAUUUGUGCUUAAAAUUAAGCAUGUAUUUAAAUAUCUUACUGGAUUGGGGCCUAAAUUUUGAAUGUGAGUAGUGAUUUUGUUCACUGACUGGAUAUUUCAGUUUUUUGGGUCUCAAGUUCAGCAGCCAAAAUCAGUCACUAAUCACUUUUGGAAAUUUAAGCCAAAAGCUAUUAAUUCCAUACUCGUUAGGCAAGUGCUGUAGCCUAGAAGCUGGCAUGAUGCAAAGCCACUGGAGACCAUAGAAAGACUCCCACUGUCAUGAAUGGGCUUUGGAGCAGGCCCAUUGGGUCAUUGGAGUCUUGCAGAGAUUGUUGGAUUGGACCUUUGAUAUGGGAAUAAACUUCUAAAAAUCUACACAAUAUAGACAAAUUAUUUUGCGUAUCUCACAUUACUAGAUAUGAGUGCUGAAAUAUUCAGUGUAAAAUGUUCCCAUCUUGAUCAGAAUUAAUCAAAUAUACUCAAAAUAUAUAAUUAUAGUAUUUGUGACUGUUAAAUAGUCAAUUAAUCCUAUUUUUAAAAGUCAAAAAAUGUAAACUUUGGCUGGUACAAGUUUCCAGAUAUCUUCUUAGUGUUUUAUAUACAGUAUAUUUUUAUUUAAAAAAUAAACUUUGCCCAUAUGGGAUUAAUGUGCCACACACAAUAUAUAGUACAACUAGUGUAUCUCCCAUGAAAAUUUAAAAUAGCUGGGCAUUAGAAGCACUUUGGGUUUAUAGUCCAACCUCCUUUUUACAGAAUUAGGUUGUGUUUUUGUUUUGUUUAGCAGGGAAAACAUACUUUUUAGACAGGAGUUUCUCAAACUGAGGCUGGUGUCCCAGGAAAACCAAAGCAGGACUUAUUUUUAACUUUCUUUUUGGAUGGUUUCCAUGUGGGACUAAGCAACAGCAGACUCAAGUAUUAAGUGCACACUUCUGGAUUCAUGUCAAAAGCUACUACUGACAUUCUAUCAAUGUACAUGUGGGGGUGGAGGGAGGCUAAAAAGUCUCAAAUUGCAACACUUCUCAAUGACUUCUGACCCCAUUUCCUCUUUAUGCCAUGUUAAAAAUAUUGCACCAAAUAGAUGAGUACAGUUUUUAGUCUGAGAAACUCAAAAUUGAAAGGAGCUGUUACAGUGUAACAAGUGUGCCAGGGAAGUGGUACAUUCUUGUCUUCAUGAAUAUGGGACUUCAGUACAUGUAUCAAGAGAAGAAUAUAUCCCAAAAGCUGAAAAGGGAAGUUCUGUUAGUAAUUCCGUAACCUUGGGAAAUCCAACUUUUCUAAAUUUGUGCUUUGGGCCUAAAGAAAAGAUUUUAUGUUGAAAAUGUACAAAAAAUUGUAUUGUAACUUUCUUAUCAUAGCAAUUUACCUUUCUAAACUUUCUAGUGUAAAACAGAAAAAUUUACUGUGGUGAGAUCAGUUGGAGCAUAGUUUAUAAACCUCUGGUCUAAAACAUCUGGGAAAUUGUCACUGUAACUUCCCACUAGAAAAUGAGAACACAAUAGUUCAUUUGCAUUGAUGUGACUUUUUUUUUUGAAGGGCAUUUUAUAGCAUGGUAUAGGUUGGAGAUCACUUAAACAUUACAAUUAGGAUAUAUUUUAAUAGUGCUUUGGAUGUAGAUGUUUCCUCUAACUUCGUCUGUUGCAUGCUCAUGGAUCAAAUGUUUACCUCCCGUCUAAAUUUUGCUUCUUGAAAAUAGACAAUUAUGUAGCAGUAGCUUUAUUAGAAAAAGUACAAAUGAAUUUUUGUGGUGUGCAUUUGUGUUGUUUUGGUUUUGUAUGCAUUAAAAGUCUGUUUGUAGUAAAA